UUAUGACUUGUAUGACGCUUUAAAUUCUCAAUUUUUUUCUAAUAUAUAAUGGAAGAUUUUGCGUUGAAAAGUGCAGAUCUAAGCUCGAAGCAAUAGUACACAGAGAUAAGAACACAGAAAAAGCAGAAAAAUGAAGUGCAUUGCAUUAUUUAUUGUUCUUGCUGCUGUGGUGGCGGUUAACUCUUCUCCAGAUCCUGGUGUUCACAGAGUCACUGGAAAGUUUGUUACUCAUGUGCAUCAUUACAGAAUACCUGGAAAUGGUGGACGUGGAGGAGGAGGAGGAGCGGGCCGAGGAGGUCCUGGAAAUUCAUCUAAAGGAGGCAAAGGGGGCAAAGGAGGCAAAGGAGGAAAAACUGGAAAAUGCCAAAAGGGUGUAGUCACAGGAACCGCUGACAAGGUCAAUACAGGAGUACAGGGCUUAACAUCGGGAAUUGCUAAUGCUUUUGGAGCUAAAAAGAAGAAGCCCGGCCUUCUUGGAAGUAAGUACAAUAUUCUACGCAUUAUUUUAGUUCCUUAUAAGUUUUUUUUUUAUUUUUAUUUUACUUCUAAAUGCUAAAUGACUCAUUUUUUUAAAUUU